GGGGCGGAGCGGCGGUGGUGGUGGGCGCAGACAGCUCAGCGAUGGCGGCGGCGUCUGUGGUGGUGGCGACGUCCGCUGCGCCGGCUAUGGCUGUGGACGGCGGGUCCUCGGUGCACUGGUUCCGCAAGGGGCUGCGGCUCCACGACAACCCCUCGCUGCUGGCGGCCGUGCGCGGGGCGCGCUGCGUGCGCUGCGUCUACAUCCUCGACCCGUGGUUCGCGGCCUCAUCAUCCGUGGGGAUCAACCGAUGGAGGUUCCUACUUCAGUCCCUGGAAGAUCUGGACACAAGCUUAAGGAAACUGAACUCCCGCCUGUUUGUGGUCCGGGGACAGCCAGCUGACGUGUUCCCACGACUGUUCAAGGAAUGGGGAGUGACCCGCUUGACCUUUGAAUAUGACUCUGAACCCUUUGGGAAAGAGAGGGACGCAGCCAUCAUGAAGAUGGCCAAGGAGGCUGGUGUGGAGGUGGUGACUGAGAACUCGCACACCCUCUACGACCUGGACAGGAUCAUCGAUCUGAACGGGCAGAAGCCACCCCUCACCUACAAGCGCUUUCAAGCCAUCAUCAGCCGCAUGGAGCUGCCCAAGAAGCCAGUGGUUGCUGUGACUAGCCAGCAGAUGGAGAGCUGCAGGGCUGAGAUCCAGGACAACCAUGAUGACACCUAUGGUGUGCCCUCCCUAGAGGAGCUGGGCUUCCCCACUGAAGGACUUGGCCCAGCUGUCUGGCAAGGAGGAGAGACAGAAGCUCUGGCCCGCCUGGAUAAGCACUUGGAACGGAAGGCCUGGGUUGCCAACUAUGAGAGGCCCCGGAUGAAUGCCAAUUCCCUGCUGGCCAGCCCCACAGGCCUCAGCCCCUACCUGCGCUUCGGCUGCCUCUCUUGCCGCCUCUUCUACUACCGCUUGUGGGACUUGUAUAAAAAGGUGAAGCGGAACAGCACACCCCCCCUCUCCUUGUUUGGACAACUCCUGUGGCGAGAGUUCUUCUACACGGCAGCCACCAACAACCCCAGGUUUGACCGCAUGGAGGGGAACCCCAUCUGCAUCCAGAUCCCCUGGGACCGCAACCCUGAGGCCCUGGCCAAGUGGGCCGAGGGCAAGACAGGCUUCCCUUGGAUUGACGCCAUCAUGACCCAAUUGAGGCAGGAGGGCUGGAUCCACCAUCUGGCCCGGCACGCUGUGGCCUGCUUCCUCACCCGCGGGGACCUCUGGGUCAGCUGGGAGAGCGGGGUCCGGGUGUUUGAUGAGCUGCUCCUGGAUGCAGACUUCAGUGUGAACGCAGGCAGCUGGAUGUGGCUGUCCUGCAGUGCCUUCUUCCAACAGUUCUUCCACUGCUACUGCCCUGUGGGCUUCGGCCGCCGUACGGACCCCAGUGGGGACUACAUUCGGCGAUACUUGCCCAAAUUGAAAGGGUUCCCCUCUCGCUAUAUCUAUGAGCCCUGGAAUGCUCCCGAGUCCAUUCAGAAGGCUGCCAGGUGCAUCAUUGGUGUGGACUACCCACGGCCCAUGGUCAACCAUGCUGAGACCAGCCGGCUCAACAUUGAGCGCAUGAAGCAGAUCUACCAGCAGCUCUCACGCUACCGUGGACUCUGUCUUCUGGCAUCUGUCCCUUCCUGUGUGGAAGAUCUCAGUCAUCCAGUGGCAGAGCCAAGCUCAAGCCAGCCUGGGAGCAUUACCAACACUGGCCCCAGACCACUGUCUACUGGCCCAGCUUCCCCCAAACGUAAGCUGGAAGCAGCUGAGGAGCCGCCUGGUGAAGAACUGAGCAAGCGGGCUAGGGUGACAGAGCUGCCUGCCCCAGAGCUACUGAGCAAGGAUGCCUGAGACUGCAGAGCCAUUACUCCGUGAUCAAAGCCUGGGUGCCCAAGCUGCCACAGCCACAGAGUGCAGCCUGAAGAGAAGCUCAUCACCAACAGAGAUGGAGGAAAUGUGUGUGUGCGUGUGUGCAAAGGAAGGCAUGGUGUGCCAUUUGUGUGUGCAUGCAUCUGUUUACACUCUCAUCCGGAAUGUUGCCUGGUUUGGAGGAAUCCCAACCACCAGUGCUGCUUCCAGACCUCCAGACAUGAGGCUAGAAGCUGUAACAGUGACCUGCCCUUGAGAGCCCCCUUCCGCGUCCCAGUAGAACAUAGUGGUAGGAACCUAGCUGGAAUUUGGUUUCUGCCUCCCUAGAUGUCUCUCCCUUUCAGCAGACUGAAGAGCUAAAGGACCACAUUUUUUAGCUCUUGUCCAAAGCAUGGGAGUCUACAGGUAUCAGAGUCCUGCUGAGUUCUCACUUUCUGACCCUUGGCAGGGCAGACUGCCAUAGAUGAUCCCUGUCCAGACUUAGGCCACUGGCCAGUCUUCUGAUUUUCAAGUCCUAUGCCACUGAGUCUACUAGACCCUUUCCUAGCUAUCUUGGACUAGCACAAAACUGUAGACAGAUCUGGAGAGUUUCAUAUGGAAGUGCACUAAGAUACCCAGCUGGUGUGCAUUGUGCCCAGUCCUAUCUGUGGCAGCCCAGACAGCGGCUCUGCCUUUGUCAGACCUGGAAGCCAAGUGAGGAAUAGACUCCUAGUCUGUUGUGCCUUCCCUAGCAGCUGGAGGCCAGUCUUGGCCUAUCCAGGAGCUAUGGAAGGGCCAGGGUCCAAGCUGGUCCCUCCACCAGGAGGAAACCAGAUGCUGUGGUUUAAGGGCCCCUGACUUCUGUGGCCACACUCCAAGGUGCCACAUGCUCAGUGAGAACUGCUGAAACCUAGCCAAGGAAGCUGGCCAGUCUUUGUUCUGCAGGUUUCCAGGGCCUACCCUGGACUGUUCAGUGCCCACUCUGCCAUGUCAGCUCUCCAGCAGCUGGACUACAGGAACUCAGACAGAGGGACUAAGGGGUGGGGCUCUGCCUAGGCAGUUGGCAGAGAUCAAAUAGAGAGCACACCUGGCACACCAUAACCUUCCCAGGGGCAGUGGGAAGUUUGGCCCAGAGAAGCCAAACCUUGCAUUCCAGGAAGGUCUAACUCUCCUUCCCACUGCCAGGCAGUGGGAAGAAAGAAAUCAUCAAAAGAAUUAUGAAAAGAAGGACUGUGGUCAACAGAGCAAGUCUUCCUUCCACCCCGUGGCCUGCGUUUGAGCCACAGCAUGUGUGCGUGCAUGUGUGAGUGAGUGUGUGUAUGUGUAUACGUGUGUACAGCUGAAAGGCUAAUUCCUGUUUGGAUUUUUGUUCUCACAUGUAACAUGAAGCUGGCCUCCGGGCCUUUUCCUCUCUACCUCCCCUGUGACCUUUCCUAGCCUCAGAGUUAUUACCUUCCUUGGCCUUGGCCUCACUGUCUGUCUUCAGACCAGAACCUUGGGGGUCAGGCUCUUGCCUCCUCCAGCUGUCCAACAUGACAGGCUUCUUCCUGAGAUGGGUUUUCUCAGCAGAGAGCUGCCUUUAGAGUCCACCUGUUGUUAUAUGUCCAUCACCCUCACUAGAAACACCCUGUAAUCGUGUGGGGAAACAGGGCAUAGGUGUGUGUUUAGAACCCUGGGGUGUGGGCCUCCCUGUUCCUCAGCCCUAGCCAAGAGAAAAGAGCCAGGGAAUUUUGCUGGAGGGAUAGUGGAACCAGCCUGGAGAGCUGGUCUGAAAGAUCAAAGGCUGAGGGCUGGGUCCAGUAUUUAUUUCACAGUACCUUCAGCUCUUGGGAAAGUACCCUUCCCUGCAGUUUUGAUGAUGGCUCUCCUCUGAAGGCACAGGUUCCCCUUCUCCGUUGUCCCUGGCAUGCUGGCCCAUUUCCAGGACAGCCUUCCAAUGGAAAGGAGCAGUCCAUUCCUCCAAGAGUUAUGGGGUAGAGUUGCCUGGAGUCCCAAGGUGUCUUCAUGCCUUCCUCCGCCUUGCCUGUGUGGCUCUGGGAGCUGCCACAGAGUAGUGUUCCAUAUUCUGCUCCUGGUACCCUGCAAGGGGGAAGAGAUGGUCGCAGGCAAAAUGCACUUUAUAAAGAUUUGCUAUUGCUAUGUAAGUGUGUUUCUCCCAUGGUUUGUUUAUGAAUAUUUACUUGUUUUAUAAAUGUCCAAUCCUGUCUGA